CUUGGUCAUAGUGGGUUGCUGUUUACUGAUUUAUUCAGUGAAGUAAGUAAUACUAGUUCUGGAGAGAGGUUAUUGAGGGGUUGAAGAUAUCAUUGUGAAGGAUUCCUUUAUAGAUAGGAUGGAAGUAUAUAUCAUGUGGCGCAUCUUCACAUUGCUCCAAGCUGUAAAGAUGACGGCGAAGUUCCGAUAGAUGAGUAUGAAGAAGGCUAAGGAAAUGACGAAUAUAUUGCAUGAGAGUUGAUGUCGUGAUUUUGGGCAGAAAUGGAAGAGAAGAGCAGUAAAGCAAUAUAUGAAUACGAGCACCAUCCUACCUUCCUGACAAACUAGAUGACUCCCUGUGUCCAUCAGCCUCCUCACUGAUUCCAGGAAUGGCCAUUGACUCGUUAAACUCAUCCGCCAUGACCAAUGCAGCUUGUCCUCAAAUUCCUAACGCCCCAGUUCGCAUCUUGGCUUCAGGAAAGUGCACCUUCAUUCUUACAGCAGGCCGACUUAAAUUCUAUUGUCCGUGCGACAAAGGGACAUUUCAUCUAAGUUCGGUCGAUCCUGACGAGAAGUGUGAGCGGUGCGAACACACUCUCAAUUAUCAUGAAGAUGCUGUGUCGUCCGCAGUCCCUCAAAAUACCGAGCAAGUGAUUCCAGAUGAAGACAGAAAUGAGACCCAAUAUGGCUGGAUAGAGGAUGAUCCGUAUAUAUGCCCUAGACAGGACACGGUGACUGAGCUAAUAAAGCUCAUCGAUGCCUAUCCCGUUAUCCUCGUUAGAGGAACUCCUGCCAGCGGGAAAACAACGUUAGCACGAUUACUUCGAAGUCGUUUGCAGGAACAAGGACACAUUGUCCCAUUCUUUUACACUUGGAAGCAAGACCUUAUCAAACUCGACCCAGAGCUAUGGGUGGCACUUGCUAAGGCGUUCAAACAACGUCUUCCACGGAGUCAGAUCCCAAACCUCAUGAACGAUGAGGUCGUUAUGAUUGUGGAUGAGGCCCAAGGGUCAUACGAUGAUGAUUACCUGUGGAACCAUAUAAUAAAGUUAUUGAUAGACAAGCCUCGCAGAUAUAAACUACGCAUUUGUCUCUUCUGCUACUUUGGAAGUCCAUCAACGGGUGUGGAACCACCUCAGGGUCUCCAUUAUAGUCCAGCCAUUAUACCCGAAAGACAAAGCAUAACACUCACGCCCCAAUCGUGUAGUGAAUCACCGAAAAUUGGCCUCUUCUAUACUGAGUCAGAGUUCGAUGAUGUCCUUUGCCGAAUUUUCCGAUACGAUUUCCCCAACUGGAGAGUUACCAUUGAUGAUGAAGCUAAGAAAUAUCUGUUCUUUCUCACUUACGAAUGGGCACCCCGGAGGCGUAGCGGCGAUGAUACGACCUACUGCGCCGACAUGAAACAUGACAGGAUGUUUGUGAUAACCCGGCAGCAUGUCCUCAACAUCCUCGACGGUGAUGAGGAAUAUGCCUUUGCCUUCGUCCUGAGAUGCGGCGUGUCUCGCUCUUUCACUAAACGAAUAGACCUCAAAGAUCCAGUUCGCGAAAUACUCUGCGAGAUUACAGAGAAGGGGAAUAUCAAUUGGGAACAGAGACCAGGGUUGGAGGAAUGCUAUGAAAGAGGCUGGAUCCACAGGAUGCAUACGGGUCCAGAAGGGAACUCAGACCAAUAUGAAAUUGCUGUCCUGCCGUCCCGCCUGCAUGAGAAAUGGCUUCAGUACCUCAUUAGCCAAGACAAAAGAGCCUUACCGCCGCGCUUCACCAACUUGACUCAGCUGUGUAUGGAAAUUCUACAUGAGUUUUCAAGUAUGAACCUGAAGCCUCCUACCACCGACAGGAGAUUAUCCACCGCAGCACAACCUAGACCCGUUGAAACGCAAUACCAAGAUGAGUUCUACAGGGCGUUUUGCAAAGUAGCUGGCCGAGGGGUGCCAAUUUCCACGGAAUGGGCUAGGACGGCAUCCGGAAGAGCUGACUUUUUCAUACCAGAGAAGAAGUGGGCAGUGGAACUGGUGAGAAAUCAUGAUAGAAUUGAUGAUCAUGUGAAGAGGUUUCAGAAGGGAGGACAGUACUUUGAAUGGUUGCAGAAGAAAGCCGUUGAAGAUUGGAUUGUCAUCAAUUGCGCUACCAGUGUACCAAAUUCAGAUUAUGAAGAAUGUCGACUUUUCCACGCUGUCUUUUUCAAUGACUUCACGGAGGUACAGAUUCUCGAUCACAAAAGGCAGCCCUUGAGCGAUGUUGUCUGUCUAACGAAGUGA